AUGGUCGACCAUAACCGCGCACAUAUUUUAGCCAUAACCGCCUCCCAGAGACUCGACUCAAGGGGAAAACCCACCGUCAAGGUCACUGUGUUGACGGAAGCCGGAACAUCCAGCGCAAUAGUACCAUCAGGUGCCUCAGUCGGCAAUUACGAAGCGCAUGAGCUGCGCGACGGUAGGGCAACCGAAUACGGCGGAAAUAGCGUGCACCAGGCUGUCACAAACGUGGAGAAGGUCAUUGGCCCUGAGCUGAUCAGGCAACGGUUCAACGUCGGUGAUGACUUGGCGAAGAUCGAUCGCUUUAUGAUCCAGCUGGACGGAAGUAAGAAUAAGAACCGGCUUGGCGCUAAUGCAAUCCUCGGUGUUAGUAUGGCUUGUGCCAGGGCUGGGGCUGCAGUGAAGGGAGUUCCGUUAUAUGAAUUUCUGCGCGAACAGGCCGGAAUUACAGGACCGUAUUUACUCCCUGUGCCGUUUUUCAAUGUGCUCAAUGGCGGGAAACAUUCUGGCAAUACGAUGGCGUUCCAGGAGUUUAUGAUUGCGCCUGUCGGGGCCAAUUCGGUGACUCAUGCUGCUCAGCUCGGGAGUGAGGUAUACCAGGCUCUUAAAUCUGUGAUCGUGAGGAAGCAUGGUGCGUCGGCUAUCGGUGUCGGCGAUGAGGGCGGAUUUGCGCCACCGAUUAGUGAGCCCUCUGCCGCCUUGGAUCUUCUGAUGGCCGCUAAUUUUACAGCGGAAGGGAAAUAUGACCUGGGGUAUAAGAGUCACAAACAGUGCCAGUUGGCUGCGACAGAUCUCGGCGAUCUAUACCGGUCGUUGAUGAACAUGUAUCCCAUAAUCCUUCUUGAAGACCCGUUUGCAGAAGACGACUGGGCGGCCUGGACCGCAUUUAAGCAAGAUUGCCCCAUUGAGCUUGUCGGGGAUGACCUGCUGGCAACGAAUCUCGAGCGAAUUGAGACCGCAAAGGAAAGGGAUGCGUGCAAUUCCUUGCUGCUGAAGAUUAACCAGAUCGGUACUAUCACUGAGUCACUGGAAGCGGCCCACAAGGCAUUUAGCUACGGCUGGCGAGUUUUUGUCUCGCAUCGCUCGGGUGAGACGACAGACGAUUUUAUUGCCGAUUUGAGUGUUGCGCUCUCUACUGGGCAUUUGAAAUCUGGGAGCCCUUGUCGAGGAGAGCGGGUGGUCAAGUAUAACCGCCUUAUGGAUAUUGAGGACCGGUUGAAUGUUUGUGGUUCGCCGCAUGAGUAUGCCGGAACGCGGAUGAGUCGGAAUGACAUGAAAUGA